UCAAUGAAUGUGCGAUGCGGGUGUGCGUGCGGUGAGACUGUGAAGAUCGAGCCCACGUAUUCAAGAAACCCAAAGGCGUAGCUUACACGCGCGCCUCAUAUUCUACACGCCUCUCCGACGAAUCCCACAGCUUGUUCGCUCACCCUCGAACCCGCAUGUCAUAGGCCUCAAAGGGCGGCCCUUCUCUCGUCCUGGCCCCGGUGCCGUCACUUGCCCCUCCUCCGUGCCUCCCCCCCUGACACCCGACGCGGAUCUUCGCCAUGGCAUCCGCCGUCUUCUUCCUAGAUCUCAAGGGCAAGACCCUGCUUGCCCGGAAUUACCGCGGGGACAUUCCCAUGUCUGCUGUCGAGCAGUUCCCGAUAUUGCUCAGCGAUGCCGAGGAGGAAUCCUCAGCAGUGCCUCCCUGCUUCUCCCACGAAGGCAUUAAUUACCUCUACAUCCGGCACAACAACCUCUACCUGCUCGCACUCACGAAGCGCAACACCAACGCCGCCGAGAUCCUUCUCUUCCUCCACAAGAUUGUCGAGGUGUUCACGGAAUACUUCAAGGCGCUCGAGGAGGAGUCGAUCCGCGACAACUUUGUCAUCAUCUACGAGCUCCUCGACGAGAUGAUGGACUUUGGCUACCCGCAGACGACCGAGUCCAAGAUCCUACAGGAGUACAUCACGCAGGAGUCGCACAAGCUGGAGAUCCAGGCGCGGCCGCCCAUCGCCGUCACCAACGCCGUGUCGUGGCGGUCCGAGGGCAUCCGGUACCGCAAGAACGAGGUGUUCCUCGACGUGGUCGAGUCGCUCAACCUGCUCGUCUCGUCCAAGGGCAACGUCCUGCGGUCCGAGAUCCUGGGCGCCAUCAAGAUGAAGUGCUACCUCUCGGGCAUGCCGGAGCUGCGGCUGGGGCUCAACGACAAGGUCAUGUUCGAGUCGACGGGCCGCACGACGCGCGGCAAGGCCAUCGAGAUGGAGGACGUCAAGUUCCACCAGUGCGUGCGGCUGUCGCGGUUCGAGAAUGACCGCACCAUCUCCUUCAUCCCGCCCGACGGCGAGUUCGAGCUCAUGUCGUACCGUCUCAACACGCAGGUGAAGCCGCUCAUCUGGGUCGAGUGCAUCGUCGAGUCGCACAGCGGCACGCGCAUCGAGUACAUGCUCAAGGCCAAGGCCCAGUUCAAGCGGCGCAGCACGGCCAACAACGUCGAGAUCGUCGUGCCCGUCCCCGAGGACGCCGACUCGCCGCGCUUCCGCACCGGCAUCGGCAGCGUCCACUACGCCCCCGAGCGCAGCGCCAUCGUCUGGAAGAUCAAGCAGUUCGGCGGCGGCAAGGAGUUCCUCAUGCGCGCUGAGCUGGGCCUGCCCAGCGUCAGCGGCGACGACGAGCGCGGCGGCGGCAUGACCGGCGGCUUCGGCGGAAGCAUGGGCGGCGUCGGCGCGAAGGGCGCGAAGAGGCCCAUCCAGGUCAAGUUCGAGAUCCCCUACUUUACCACGAGCGGCAUCCAGGUGAGGUACCUGAAGAUCACGGAACCGAAGUUGCAAUAUCCGUCACUACCAUGGGUUCGUUACAUCACCCAGUCAGGCGACAUUGCUGUUAGGUUGCCAGAUUCCGUAUGAGGGAGCACUGUGGAUGUGGCCCAGAUACCACAAGAAGUGUUUUUUUUUUUUUUUCCAAGGGGGAAGGGCGCCAGCCAAGUCACAUUCCACACGGGCGAAGAGACAAAAAGUUGAAGCAACCUUGCCACCAUAUGAGUGAGGUCCUUGCGAUGGAGUGGGGGAUCUAGUUGUUUAAGAGCUAGUACAUCAGAACAGGGGGGCCCUGGUUGAAGUUCAGGUAGAAUUACAAGUACCUCCCACAAGAGCAAAGAGUCAAUCAAAACUGGAGUUCGGCGCCGUUCAACAUG